UCAUGCGCACUACCCUAGCGCGGUUCUUGACGUUCGGUCGUGUGUGGCCACGCUCCUUACUAAGUCGGUUAGCCUAAUGCUAGUUAGUAGAGGACCCUACGCGAAAAAUAUUGUCGCAGGGCCAAGGUUAUUUGUUGUAUCGGGUUUGCAGGUGUAGAGUUUUAAGCCAUCGGAGGUAUUUUUGCGACCUCGGAUAGGGCUUUUUAGUAUCUCGCAUCAGCCAUAUUAAUCUUAUUCUACCACGGAGAACAUUGGCCUGUAAGCCAUGUCUGGUGGCAGUAGCGUGAUCAGAGGCCCAGCUGGGAACAACGACUGCCGAAUCUAUGUGGGGAACCUGCCACCCGAUAUUCGCACGAAAGAUGUGGAAGAUGUGUUCUACAAAUACGGCGCCAUUCGAGACAUCGACCUAAAGAACCGCAGAGGAGGACCUCCAUUUGCCUUUGUCGAGUUUGAGGAUCCAAGAGACGCGGAGGACGCAGUGUAUGGACGCGAUGGCUACGACUACGACGGUUACCGUCUCCGAGUGGAGUUUCCCAGGAGUGGAAGGGGAAUGGGCAGAGGUGGAUUCGGAGGAAUGGGUGGUGGUGCCCCACGGGGCCGCUAUGGACCUCCGUCCAGGCGUUCAGAGUACAGAGUCAUAGUUUCAGGGCUUCCCCCCAGUGGCAGCUGGCAGGACCUGAAGGAUCACAUGCGUGAAGCAGGUGAUGUAUGUUAUGCUGAUGUAUUCCGCGAUGGGACUGGUGUUGUGGAAUUUGUGCGCAAAGAAGACAUGACCUACGCCGUUCGAAAGCUGGACAACACUAAAUUCCGCUCACACGAGGGCGAGACCGCGUACGUGCGGGUGAAGGUCGAUGGGCCGCGCAGCCCCAGCUACGGAAGGUCCAGGUCCCGCUCCCGAAGCCGGAGCAGGAGCCGCAGCAGAAGCCGCAGCAAGAGCCGCAGCUAUUCCCCUGCACGACGCGGCCGGGGCUCCCCCCAGUACUCCCCGCGCCACAGCCGCUCCCGAUCCCGCUCCUAAGCACAGCGACGGCCAGAACUGAGCACUGACGCUUUAUAGGUGGAGCCUACUCCCUCUCCUCUCCUACCCCUUCCCUUCCCCUGCUCCCCCCUGUUGUCAAACCACAACCUUCCCUUUUCCUCCUCCCCUUACUUCUCCCCCCAUCCCCUUGUUUUUACCCACUUUGGCUUUUUUUGAUGAGUCCAUGUUUUAAUUUUGUUGGUUGUCCCUUUCCCUUGUUCCUCUUGCCCUACCUCCCUUCCUCACAUCCGCGGGUGAUAUGUUUUUGGUGGACAUCUUGGUAUGUUGUAUCUCUGCUCCCAUAUCUUUCACCUAUAAUAGUCCUCAGACCCUUAAUUGUCAGGCUCUGAUUCUAUUUAAAAGAAAAGUGCGUUUUACCUGAUUCAGCUUUAUUGUUUUUUCUUUUUUUUUCUCCUUUUUUUAAAAUAAAAGAAAUGGAUAGUCUUUCUUAUCCGGCAAAGUUUCAAAUAUCGAGCUGUAAGAAGUUUCACUGUUCUUGUGUCUUCGGAUUUUUGGUGGUUUGUCAUUAUUACAAAUGUGGAUUUUACUGUCUUCCUAUAGAUGUCAAGAUGGAUUAAAAAUCUUUGGAAUAAAG